AUGUCUUUCAAUGAAGAAAUGUACGAGAUUAUGUCAUGGUUAUCCACAAAACCCUUAUACAGAUUAUUGACCAUGGCAAAGUCAACACUAGAGUACCUUUCCGAAACACAUUUUGCAAAGAAACAAAGCCACAACUCGUGCAUGAAAGCGGAGGAGUCUUUGAUCAUUCAAGAAGAUUCAAGUUUAAGAGAAAGAGUUCAAAAAUUACGCGUUUGCUUCUUACCUGAAAAUCGUUCCUACAAUGAUGUUCCUAAGGAUUUCAUCAUGUUUUUAGUGGAAAAAGGUCGUAUCUUAGCAUCAAACAACGGUUUAUUUCUAUGUAGGACAAUUGAUUCUAGUGUACCAACUGAAUUAUUCCUGUGCAACCCCUCGACGAGGACUUGGUUACCUUUGAAGUUGCCUAGUGAGGAAUUGGCUAAGAUAUUUCAAGACAAUGGGGAGUUAAAAGUUGCAUUAGUAUGUGGUAAUGUUUUUGGUAAGAAAAGUGAAAAUUUUCCUUUGGAUUGCACUCUAUUGUUGUUUAAUGAACAUGAUUUGGAAGAUUGGAAUAGCGGAUAUGAUGUGUACAUGUUAGAGGAAGGCGAAUGGAUACUCAUAAGCGAAAACAUUAAAACAAAAGGCGGAGAUUUGGAGUUUGAUUAUCAAGUUUGUUGUGAAGAUGGUUUGUAUAUCCUAGCAGAAGGUUGUAGUCCUCAUGUGUUUCAUUAUGAUGUCGAAAAUAGGACUUCAAGGGAUAUAGCAUUGCCCGAAUACAAUGAAGAAUUUGGUUAUUUAGAUAUUGGUUGUUUUCGUGUGUUUGGAUGGGAGCGAAAGGAAGGCAACUCUUGGUUUGAUUCCAUUUGUUUGGUUAAGUGUUUCGAUAACUUGAUCACUAUAUGGGUGCUUGAGCACAACACAACAUUGUCGAAAGAAAAGAAAUCGAGUUCUUGGCGUUGGUUGUCGAACAUACACAUUGAAGAUGAUUUGUGCAUUGAAGAUUCAAGAUGGACAGACAGCUUUACUAUCUUGGAGAAGCAGUUGAUUUUUGCUGAUUUAGAUGGCAAUAUUUAUCGGUAUUAUUUGGAGGGCAAAGAUUACGGCAACUUAGACAAAAUUUACGAGUAUGGUUAUAGUUCUAGCUUAAAACUAUGA